AUGUUAUUUGGUUUGUCAAUGGCUAAAACGGUUCAGCCAAUAGCAUGCCAUCAUGAUGAAUCACCACUUCUUCAACAGAUAAAUGAUGAUACUAAUACACAAACAAAAUCAACAUCACCUAAUAUUCCAUCAACAAAAGUUAUAGAUGAAGCUAAACGUUAUGCUCAAUCUUGUUAUCUAUUUCCACCCUUUAUUUUACAUUUUAAAAGAUUCAAAAUUAAUGAUAAAGCUACUAUUGAUGAAUUAUUGAACUAUAGUAAAGUUAAUUGCUCUUUUGAUCUUGAAUUAGCUGAUUUUCGUUCAUCAUCAAUUAGAUCCAAUGAUAAUGAAUGUAAUCUACAUAUAUUCGUUAAAAAUAGUUUAUCAUUUUCAUUUUUGUAUUCGAACAUUAAAUGGACUGAUAAAUUGGGUGGUGAAGUUUUUACUAUUGAUCGACAACCAGCUAUUCCACCUCAACUUGCUCUUAUUAUAACCAACGUUAGUUAUAAAACGAACUUAAACGAGUUCGAAAAUGAUUUAAAAGUCAGGUACGAGAAUAUUGCUAAAUUUAUUCAUUUAAAAAAUAGGAAUCAAUUUGAUACAAAAUUAGUUGAAGUUGAAUUCAGUUCAUCAAAAACAUGUGAUGAUGUAUUAAUCAAUGGAUCUAUCAUGGUGAAUUAUAUAAAAUAUGAUGUUAAAGAAUUUCUACCGGUAGCAACAAUUCUUAUUUGUUCGAAUUGUAUGGGAUUAGGACACUUCCGCAAGCAGUGCAAACAAAGUGAUAUUACAUCUAAAAUUUGUGGUAAACGUUAUCAGGACCCGAACAAACAUUGUUGCCAGGGUAUGGUCAAAUGUAUUCAUUGUGGUGGUGAUCAUAAUUCGAAUGACUUAAAAUGUAAGGUGAUCAAACAAUACCGUGCUAAUUUAACAAGCACGCUUUUAUCAUCAUCAUCUUCUAGUCGAACAUUUGACAAGCACCUGAAGUCGUGGUCUGAUUUUCCACCACUACCUUAA